CUUAUUCGUUCUCAGUCAUCUCGGCCAGAAAUUUCCUGCUUCAGAGCUGAAACUCUUCAGCAAGAACUACAAAGAAGAAAAGAUUCUGAAGAAUCAAUCAAGUUUUCUAAGUCUCACUAACAUUUCUGUCUUUACCACGUGCAGGAGAGAUGAAACACAUUAUCAGUCUGUAUGAAAGCAUCAACAGUACAGCAAGAAAUAAUUCAGACUGUCCUCCUGUGGUUUUGCCAGAAGAGAUAUUUUUCACAAUAUCCAUCAUCGGGGUUUUGGAGAAUCUGAUGGUCCUUCUGGCUGUGAUCAAGAAUAAGAAUCUUCAGUCGCCCAUGUACUUUUUUAUCUGCAGCUUGGCUAUUUCCGAUAUGCUGGGCAGUCUGUACAAGAUCUUGGAAAACAUCCUGAUCAUGCUCAGAAACAUGGGUUACCUCGAGCCUCGAGGCAGUUUUGAAACCACAGCAGACGACGUGGUGGACUCCCUGUUCAUCCUCUCCCUUCUCGGCUCCAUCUGCAGCCUGUCAGUGAUCGCUGCUGACCGCUACGCCACAAUCUUCCACGCUCUGCAGUACCACCGCAUCGUGACCUCGCGCCGCGCCCUUAUCGUCCUGGCGGUCAUCUGGGCAUGCUGCACGGGCAGUGGCAUCACCAUCGUGACCUUCUCCCAUCACGUCCCCACGGUGAUCGCCUUCACAGCGCUGUUCCCAGUGAUGCUUGCCUUCAUCCUGUGCCUCUACGUGCACAUGUUCCUGCUGGCCCGCUCCCACGCCAGGAGGACCUCCACACUUCCCAGAGCCAACAUGAGAGGGGCCGUCACGCUGACUGUCCUGCUUGGGGUCUUCAUUUUCUGUUGGGCACCCUUUGUCCUUCAUGUCCUCUUGAUGACCUUCUGCCCGGCUGACCCCUACUGUGCCUGCUACAUGUCCCUCUUCCAGGUGAAUGGCAUGUUGAUCAUGUGUAACGCCGUCAUUGACCCCUUCAUCUAUGCCUUCCGAAGCCCAGAGCUCAGGGACGCAUUCAAAAAGAUGAUCUUCUGCAACAGGUACCAUUAGAAUCAUUGGUCCCUGAUUUUAGGAGCCACAGGGAAAUACUGUCAAGGGACAGAGUAACGUGACAUACCAACAGUACUA